AUGCCUCUAAAAGACCCCAUUGCGUACGCAGCGACGAGACGUGGGGCAGAGCCAUACUUCAUCAUGUCAUCGCAGGCUGAGGAGCCCGUUCCGAGCCACGAGCCAGUGCACAGGGGCUCUGGCACACCGGGUCUCAUGCAUCGCGUACCUGCGGGCGAGAAUGGCACAGAUGGCAGGCGUGUCGUGAGACGCACGAGUACAGAGGCAACCCCGACGACCGAAAAGGGGACACGCCCCCUCGCGGCUUUGGGGCGCCGUCCUGGCGAUGACCUGGCUCGUUCGACUGCCCGCUGGACGGGCGAAACACGUCAACCCCGCAAACCAGCAAGCUCGAUCCAGGAUGCGUCGUCGGCCAAUCUUGUGGAAGAUCCGGUCUUGAGAGUUCCCGCCUAUGGAACCAUGACGAUCAUGACAAGCACGGGCAACAUGAUCACGACGCCACGGAUCCCGGGGUUCGGCUGCAGCCGGAACAGGACGGGCAUGAGCAUGGUCGAGCGCAUCCUGCAGCAGCGAGCAACCAAGGCAGCGCAGGAGAAGGCACGGCAAAAGAUAGCCGAGGAGGCCCAUUUGCGGGAGGAGAGGCGGCGACGGGCAGAGGAGAAGAAGAGGCAGGCCGAGGAGAAGAAGGAGCGCGCGCGUCGGAGGAGGGAGCGCGAGGCGCGCGAGGCGCGGGGCCGGGUGUGGUACGGCGCCAUGUUCGCGGAGAUGGGAGCUCUGCUGGAGGACAUCGACUGGGCGAUCGUACUGAGGACAAGCAGGGCGUGGGUUGGCACGUCGAGAGGGCCGGGCCAAAGGUUGCGGGAGAAGCCGCCUCCUGAGGACCUGUACUGGGCGCGGUGUGCGAUGGACAUGGACAGGGCGACAAUUGAGUCCAUGGGCGACUAUGGAGUCAGGCUGGUGGACGUGGUGAGGCGGGUCGACAGACCGGACUGGCUGAAGGAGGAGACGGUGCGGCGCAACAGACUGAAGCUGACGGCAUUGCAGGAAAAGGGGGCCCAGGUCUGUGAGACGGUCGGCGAGGGGAGGCAGGCUGCUGACGAGGCGCAUUGGAAGCUCCAGGCGCUCGACGCGCUGGCUCAACCGCUGGCAGAGGGUCUCUGGGAUGCAGCAACAAAGAGGAUGCAAGAGACUGGGCGCGUGCAGUACGUUGACGGACUUCCUGUGGACCUAGAACCGACCAGGUGGAUGGUCAUGCCGACUUCACGGAAAGGCAGACGGAGCUUGACGCAGAAAGGCGUACCUUGCGCCCAGUGCGAGGCUGCGAAAAUGACGGAAUGCAGCCAAGAUCGUUUCCUCCCCGGCAGUUCCAAGCUGGAACCCUGCUUGCGUUGUCAACGGAUGGGCGAAAUAUGCAUCCAAAUAGACCCUGGUUUGCGGGACGCUGAUCGCGAGGGUUUGCCUAGGUGGACCAAAUACGUGGCAUCUGGCCACGGCAUUAGCAAAAAAGAAGCCCAGGCGAAAGCCGAAGAGCUGCUUGAGCCUCGGGGUAGGGUUUUCGUCAAUGUUUGUGGUCUCAUGGUUGAUGCGGUCGAUGUCAAGAAUUUCGCUCCAGCCAUGGUAUCAACUUUGCAGGUUGAGAGCCUCAAGGCCAGGCGCAAUCACUCCAUGGCUGGAACCUCGAGGCUCGACUCGCCCAGGCCACUGUCACCAAGCGAAUAA